GUUUUUUUAGACAGUGUUUUGUUUUUCAUGUGGAAGUGACGAAUUUUCGGUCUAUGGAAUGAGUUUGUGUGUAGCAAUGGUGAAAAAAGUGAUGUGUUUCAUUGCUGCGUUUGUUUAAACAGCGGAUUCCUUCAACUGAUAGGUCAAAAUGGCGACGGAACAGCCUCAAACGACGGGGGCCACUACUCCUGGGGCUGACAGUGUAGUGGACCCCACAUUAGCUGCCACGACUCCGGCCCCCAGAAAGCAAGCAAGGCCGCGGGGCAAGCCGCAACCAGAAAAACCGAAAAGGAGUUUAUUUUGUUUAGGACUUAAGAAUCCAUUGAGAAAACUGUGUUAUGACAUAGUUGAAUGGAAUAUAGCGAGUAUGAUUCUACAAUAUAUUUCAAGAGACUCCUUUGACGUGAAGGCUUUGAGAGCUUUCAGAGUGUUAAGACCUCUACGGUUGGUCUCAGGAGUGCCAAAUGAAAAGAUAAAAGAUCCAAGUCCAUGUAAUAGUGAGCCUGGAGAUUUUGGAUUCAAAUGCCCCCUCGGCUACGAGUGCAGAGGAGAUUGGGAGGGAAUCAAUUAUGGCAUCACCAACUUUGACAACAUUGGCUACGCUAUGCUUACAGUCUUCCAAUGCAUCACUCUUGAAGGAUGGACUGAUAUUAUGUAUGCUAUUUCCAAUGUCAAGGGUAACACAUGGCCUUGGAUCUACUUUGUGACGCUGGUCAUCUUCGGCAACUUCUUCGUCAUGAACCUUAUUCUCGGUGUGUUGUCCGGAGAAUUCUCCAAAGAAAGAGAAAAGGCAAAGAAUCGUGGUGACUUCCAGAAAUCUCGUGAAAGACAACAAUUUGAAGAAGACUUAAAAGGUUAUUUAAAUUGGAUCACCGUGGCUGAAGAGUUGGACCUUGAAAAUGAUCAAGGCCAGAAGGAUGACGAUCAAGAUUCUCAAGAUAAAAAAGACAGAAAAAGUAACGAAGGAUCUCAAAGCAAUAUAAAUACAAAUACGGAACAAGGGCACGCAUCAACAUGUAAAGUUUACUGCAGGAGGUUUGACAAGCCAACCCUAUUAUUUAGACGAAUUCCAAGAAUACGCAAACUAUUUGUUCGUGGUAUUAUUUACAAUGGAAAUGUUGGUGAAGAUGUAUGCACUGGGCUUGCAAAUACUGGCGGUCACUCUCCAACUUGGUCGCCUCUCUUCUGAACUCCAUCCAAUCUAUCUUCUCUCUUCUUUUACUGCUUUUCUUAUUCAUCAUGAUCUUCGCUCUGCUGGGCAUGCAAGUGUUCGGAGGAAAAUUUGACUACGAACCCGAGGAGGAAAAGGAGAGGCAUAACUUUGACUCUUUCUGGCAAGCCGUGCUGACAAUGUUUCAGAUCUUAACUGGUGAAGAUUGGAAUGCUGUAAUGUACCACGGCAUUAAUGCUUACGGUGGAGUCGGCACGGCCGGCAUGUUGGCCUCUAUCUAUUUUAUUGUUAUCUUCAUUUGUGGUAACUAUAUUCUACUAAACGUGUUCUUGGCUAUCGCUGUCGACAAUUUAGGAGAUGCCGAGGAAAUGGACGAAAUUCAAAAAGAAAAAGAUGAGGCAGAGCACCCAGAAGCUGGUAAUCCUCAACUUGAUGAAGAGAGAGGCGAGACUGAUGAUGAAUACGUCAACGAAGAAGAAGGUUAUUCUGGCGAAGAGUCAGAAAGUGAAGUGACUGGUUCGGAAGAAGAAGUUGAAGAACAGGAGCAAGAAGUAAGAGAUGAAGCUAACAAUACUCUUGUUCAAAAUGAGAAAAAACAAAAUGGAGAUAUAAAGAAAGAAGAAUCGCCGAAACGUCAGACAGCGCUUGCAACGUCAGCGCGACCUCGACGUUUAUCUGAAGUGGAAAUGAAGAAUGAGGACAAGCCCAUCCCUGAAGGCAGUAGCUUCUUCAUCUUCUCCAAUACUAAUUGGUUCAGAGUGACAUGUUACAAAAUCCAGAAGAAUUCAUGGUUCAAGAAUUUGAUUCUGCUCUGCAUUCUAGCGUCUUCUCUUAUGCUGGCUAUGGAAGACCCUGUCGGUAGUAAGGACAGUGAACAGCAGACAGAGAUCCUUCGUAAAAUUGAUUACUUCUUUACCACUGUAUUCACUGUAGAACUACUCCUGAAGGUCAUCACAUAUGGUUUCAUCUUACACAAGGAUGCCUUCUGCAGAUCAGCUUUCAAUCUCCUUGACUUACUCGUUGUUAUCGUGUCUUUGAUUUCUUUGGAUGGGUCCAAAAACACUGUUUCAUUUAUAAAGAUUUUGAGAGUAUUCCGAGUGUUGAGACCUUUAAGGGCAAUCAACAGAGCCAAAGGAUUGAAGCACGUAGUACAGUGCGUGAUCGUCGCUAUUAAGACGAUUGGCAACAUUUUGUUGGUGACAAAUCUUCUACAGUUCAUGUUUGCUGUAAUGGGAGUGCAAAUGUUCAAGGGUAAAUUCUAUAGAUGCACAGAUAUCACCAAAGUUACUGAGGAGCAGUGCAAGGGAACAUACUUGAUUAAUAAAAAUGGCAAGCUGGACAUUGAGGAGAGGUUUUGGAUUCGGAAUAAGUUCAAUUUUGACGACGUGCUCAACGGGAUGCUCACGUUAUUCACAGUAUCUACCUUCGAAGGGUGGCCAGGACUUCUAUCAACGUCAAUGGAUUCGAACGAGGAACGACAUGGUCCUAUCGAAAAUUCCAGACCUUUGGUCGCUUUCUUCUACAUCAGCUAUAUUAUUGUUAUUGCAUUCUUCAUGGUCAACAUCUUCGUAGGUUUCGUCAUAGUAACAUUCCAGAAGGAGGGAGAACAAGAAUUCAAGGACUGCGAACUGGACAAGAACCAGAGGAACUGCAUUGAGUUUGCUUUAAAAGCUAAACCUGUUAGAAGAUACAUCCCCAAGCAUAGGAUUCAGUACAAGACAUGGUGGUUUGUGACGUCACAACGGUUCGAGUACUGCAUCUUCUUCUUCAUUGUCCUAAACACAGUGGCGCUGAUGAUGAAGUUCCAUGGAGCCUCUCCGGAGUAUAAGAAGGUUCUCGACUACAUAAAUAUGCUGUUAACGACGGUUUUUAUGCUGGAGUUUGUAUUCAAGCUCGCUGCGUUUAGAUUUAAGAAUUACUUCGGUGACGCAUGGAAUACUACAGACUUUAUUCUUGUGGUCGGCAGUAUUAUAGAUAUUGUUGUGACACAAGUCAACGAAAACAAACCUCCGGCUGACUUCGGACUUGUCAGCAAAGCUAAUAAAGAGGGCUCCAACCUUCUAAAAUACAUCACGUUCUUCCGUCUCUUCCGAGCUAUGCGUCUGAUAAAGCUGCUGUCCAGAGGAGAGAGGAUCAGGACUCUUCUUUGGACCUUCAUCAAGUCUUUCCAAGCACUGCCGUACGUCGCGCUGUUGAUCGUUCUUCUGUUCUUCAUUUACGCUGUUGUUGGGAUGCAGCUUUUCGGCAAGGUUUAUCCUGACGAUGACGUGAUAAGCAGCAACAAUAACUUCAAGACUUUCGGUGGAGCUCUUAUGGUGCUGUUCAGAUCAGCUACAGGUGAAGCUUGGCAAGAUAUAAUGAUGGCAUUAUCUCCGAAUACUGAUGAGAGGCCACACAAUCCCGUCCACUGCAUCAAGCCCGACAGAUAUGACAUGGAACCGGACAAGGAAAAUUGUGGCACCUGGAUGGCUUUCCCGUACUUCAUCUCUUUUUCUUUAUUGUGUACUUUCUUGAUCAUAAAUCUGUUCGUGGCUGUCAUCAUGGACAACUUCGAUUACUUAACCAGGGAUUGGUCUAUUUUGGGUCCUCAUCAUCUCGACGAAUUCGUUAGGUUAUGGAGCGAAUACGAUCCUGAUGCAAAAGGGAGAAUAAAGCACUUGGACGUUGUCACUCUACUCAGAAA